AUGCCUGGCUGGAAAGAGGCGGCCAGAUGGAACCUGGAAAGGGGGGGUCCUAGGAAGACAGAGGCCAGAUUAUAAGCAGCAGCAGCAGCAGCAGCAAGGAAGCACAACAAGAUUUAGCCAGAUAUCGAUAAGAGGAGGGGAAAGGAGGAGGAGGAGAGGCUGAAAAGAAGAUGCAGCUGACACGGUGCUGUUUCAUAUUCCUCAUCCAAGGGAGUAUCUAUCUGCUGGUGAUUUGUGGCCAAGACGAGGCAACAGAGGAAGAGGAGGAGGAAAGUGGGAAGUCGCCCAAAGAGCAACCAAGAUCCCGGGUACAAAAGAAAAAAGCCCAACUCUCCUUGAAACCUUCUGCAGCCCAAUCUCACUUCCAGAACACCAGUCUCCUGGAGUUGGCCUCCAACAACGCACAAGAGUUUUGGGACGUCUUAGAGAGCUUGUCCAAGCACAGCCAGGGUGUGCAACCCCGCAACCGGAGGGACUCGGUUGGCAACCCCGGCCGGCUCAAGAAAAUAUUUGGCUGGGGUGAUUUCUACUCCAAUAUUAAGACGGUAAAGCUGAACCUCUUGAUCACAGGGAAAGUGGUCGACCACGGGAACGGCACAGUCAACGUCUUCUUCCGGCACAACUCCACCGGGCAGGGGAACAUCUCCGUCAGUCUGGUGCCCCCAAACAAAGCUGUGGAGUUUGACCUCGAACAGCAGAUCUUCAUCGAGGCCAAAGAAUCCAAGAUCUUCAACUGCCGGGUGGAGUACGAGAAAGUGGACAAAGCCAAGAAGACCACCCUGUGCACUUAUGACCCCUCCAAAACCUGCUUCCUGAACCACACGCAGAGCCAGGUCUCCUGGGUUUGCUCCAAGCCCUUCAAGGUCAUCUGUAUCUAUAUCACCUUCUACAGCAUAGACUACAGGCUUGUGCAGAAAGUGUGUCCCGACUACAACUACCACAACAAUGUUCCUUAUUACCCCUCCGGGUGACCACGUACCUUUCCCAUCUCAGAAGCGUCCUGUAUCCCAAGUACAGCUUUGAUUUGGGGUUGGGCAAGGAAGGAAGGGGGUGGGGCUGCAAGCAGGGAGGAGGACCUCUGCAGCACCAGACACAGUGGCAAGCCCCCAGCAUCUGCUGAAAGGCAGGGGAGUUUGGGGGGAGUUUGAGAGUACCCAAGCAAGCAUACCAUCCUGGAAACACCUUCCCCACCUGCUCACCUGUCCACCAGCUUUCAUGCAUUCAGGGCUAGCCCAAAACAUGCAAGUGCUCCAAGCGGGAAACCCAAGUUGCACUCCUGCCCCAGUCCCUGCUGUUUAACAAGUGGGGCAUUUCCUCCCAGCAAGGGAUUCUGCUGUGCGAGCCUCAAAUGGGGCUUGCGCCGGAGGAAACCGUUCCCUGCUCCCAGAGCAAGGCACAGCCUCUCUGUUCCUCAGCCGAUGGGUGUCAUGGUCUUGCUGCUGAGCAACAACGUGCAGAGCUUAGGGGAGUGGGAGACCAGCCAACCAGAAGAGCCUCUUAGAGGGGAUUUGCCUGGAGGCAGAGUCAACGUCCAAAGUCAGGUCGAGUCCUAGG